ACCUUCGCCACUCGAUUUAAUUUGCGUCACUAUCGAUACUAACUGCACUACCAUAAUCUGACAAUUGACAGUUCAAAUUGAAAAAGUUACCGAAUUCAAACGGUUUUCAAUCCGGUAUGUUUGUGUGCUGCUUCUAUGUAUACUGAUCGUUAUUUUUUGGCAAGAUUCCCUCUGGGCGCGCUUCUUAUAUAAAAUGGACUACGUACAGCGUACAACACAAAAAGGAUAAAAAUAGAAUACGAAUGCGAGUUUCAGUUCAGUGCUCGGACAUUUUUGUUUUCUAAUGACAUACUUACCGAACCGUUUAUUUUACGAAAUAGAAAUCAGUGAAAUUAUUUGAAAAAUAUUUGAUGUUAGUGUUGGAUUGAAUAUUUACUUGUGUCUUCAGAUCGUGACGUGUCGAGCAGAGCAGAGAGUCUUAAAAACGCUACAAUCAACCGUUGUGUGUUUAGUGAUAUAUAAAAAAUGGCAAAUCGCGAUGAACCGAUGGAUAUAGACAGUUUAGAGAGUGAUUUUGAUAAUAAAGAGAAUACAUAUCACAAUAAUGUAUUACCAUGUACAGAGAAAGGAUACGAGGAGUUGGAUGUGUCAGAACUCAACAUGAAACUGAGGUAUUCUAUAACCCCAGCCGCAUCACCUAUGUCGAGGAGCUUUACUAACUAUACUAGCAAUAGAAGCCUUGAUAAUGAUGAUUCACUAAAUUAUUCCAGCAAUGAAAAUAAUUUGACUCGAUCUUUAAAUUCUAAUAUAUCAAAGAAUGAAAAUGUGGUAAAAUCUCUUAAAACGUUGCCUCUCCAGUCACUUCCCACUGACCAAGUAGAUCGAAUAACAAUUUUACAACAGUUGGAUUGUGUUGAGUUGACGGGUGAUCCUCAUGAUAUCACUGUAACUGUUAGUAAAACAAACGAUGAUGAAAACAUAUCACUAGCAAGUUCAUCGUCUUCAGCAUUACACAGUCCUGAUGCAACAACACCAACAAAAGAACCUGAAAAAAAUGAAAAUGAAUCUCCAAUAAUGCGAGGUCUCAAGAGCGUACUUAAUAUUUUUCGUUCCUCACAAAGCCCUAUACCCCCUGGAGAUAAUGAUGUGGGAUCAAAUCAAAUUUCACCUAGACUAGAAGAAUGUUCAACACCUAAAACUGAAGAGACAACUGAAAAAACAGCCUCUGCGUCCACUCCUAUCGUAGUUCAUAGAAAUAAAGAUUUAAAUAUAUCCAACAGGAACAGUCCAUACAAAGAAAGUGUCACAUUUAAUGAAGACCUUGAAAAAGAAUUACUAUGGAAAGACGAAACAACAAUAUUGUUCAGUCAAGAAAAGAUUCCCGUACACAAAUUGUUUUUAACUAAAACAACUGACAGUCAGUUGAAAAAUGUAACUGAAACACAUAAUCAAAAUCUAAAUAAAACGGUUGAGUAUAUGGAUAUGUCGUUCAAUGAUAUGCUGGAAGACAAAACUCUAACUGAAUCUGAGAAUAUUAAAAAUGAUUGCAGCACUGUCGAAUCGGAUAGUGAAUUUGUAGAUUGUGAGACGACAUUUACGAAAGAUGAAAACCAAAAAGAAAAAAAUAAUUUUACUGAAGAACAUAUGCUAAAUGAAACUGUCAACAUCUGUGGGACUGACGUUCUUGACAGCUCUGUUAUAGAACGAAAACCAGCUCCUGACGAAAGACAUCAGAGCAAUCUUUUUAAUGCAAUAAAUAUUACUGAAAAUUCUAAUGAAGAGCACUUAAAUCACGAAAAUGUAGUUCAAAUAACACAAAUAGGGAGUAAGUUAAUUUGCCCAAAAGAUUUACAGGAUACAAUAGCAGUAGAUAAUAUUGCUACAAGUGAAAAUCUAGAACACAACUUAGAAUUUGAACUAACACAAGAUAUUUGUAUGGAUUAUGAUAAAGCGUAUGCAAAUAAUGAAACCAUUUGUGUAGAAGCAGUUGUAGAACAGAAUGGAACACAGAGUAAAAUAAACGAACAAGUAAAUAGAACAGAACAUACCCAAGAAAAAGAGUCUACUUCAUGUGAGAAAGAAAGUCAAUUACUUAAGGAAAGUUCUAGUACAGUAACAGAUCUUCCAAAUGUUAAUGUUACUUGUUUGGGUAAUGAAGUAGUGGAUGUAACAAAUAUUGAGGAGAAAAUUAAAUUACCAUGUAAAAGUGAAACAGCUAGUCUAUUUCAAAUGCUAAAAACAAUGCAGGAGACUGAUUUUGUAGAAAAAGAAUCUGAAGAUAUUAAAGAAAAGAAAAUUCUCUUGGACGAAAGUAAUACCAUUAAUGAGGAAAGUGGCUUUGAUUCCUUAGAAAAUAUCACACCAAAAAAUAAUGGUUCGACUCCAGUACACGAGUCAAACGAAGAGAAACCUUAUGUCUGUGUCACUCCAGAGAACUACAUAUUAGUUAAAACACCUGGGGCUCCACUUCCUCGAUUACCUUCAGACGUACCUUUGCCUGAUGAAGAUGAAAUUGAAAAUGACAUCACAAAAUGUUCAAGAUUCCCUAGACCACGUAUUGCAGAACUUGAUAUAAUUGAUGAUAUUGAAACAAUACAAUCUGAAGCCAUGGCUUUAAUUGAUAAUGUUGUUAAUGAGAAAACAUUGUUUUUCCUACAAGAAUUUGGAAAUAAUUUAGAUUGUGAUAUUACUACUUUAGAUAUUCACUGUGAGAAAAAUUUACAAAGCGAUGUAAAUACUGAAGAACUUAAAUUGAAUAACAUAACAAUUAAUCAGAAAGCUGAAAUGGAUAGUACUGUGAAGGAAGAGCAGAAUAUAAGUGAACAAGAUAAUAUAGAAAGACAUCUUGCUGAUGUCGUAGAAACAGAACAAGCUCCACAAGUACUACCUGAUUUAUUGAAUGAGACUGCAACCGUUGUGAAAGUAGAGAAUUGUAAACAAGAAAUUUUGGCUUUAUCAGCAAAUGAAAUAGCUGAUCUUGAUGUCAAAUCCAAUGAAGAACAACAGGUCACAAAUGAAAAUCGAACUAAAUUAGACAUCACACCUUUUGAAGCUGAGAGUUCUCCAGAAAAACUAAAAGAUGCAUCUAUGUUACUCAAACAUCGAGAUCAAAACAAUGCAAUAUACAAUGAAAAUUCCGACAAAAAUGAUGAAAUAAGUGAACUCACUCUGGUUAAUAAUGAAAUUACGAAACCGAUUGAUACAAUUGAAGCAAUUCAUGAUAUUAAUAUUGUUGACGAAGAAAUUAAAAGUAUGACUGGUGCAAUAAGUGCUCUAGAAGAAAUACCUAAUGCUAAUAGUGUUAGUUCAGAAGUAAAAAGUACGACUGAUUCAGCUUGUAUGAUUGAAUCUCAAAUAGAGCAUAAGCAAAAUGUAACACUUUUAAACAAAACAUUACUUGCUGAGAAGGAAAUACACAAUGGUAAAAAUACGCAAUUAACAGAAUCUUCAUUAAAACUGGAGGUUAACAUAGAUAGUAAAAUGGCUUUAAAUGACAACAUUUCUACAAUAAAUUUAAACAAAACUCAAGAAUUGGAACUCGGAAUGACCAGUGUUAAGACAACUGAUGAUAAAACAGAAAUUCCAGAAGUAAAGGAAGGCCUAGUUGAUGCUCAAAAAGAAACAGAUAACAUACAAGGUGAAGUAAUGGAUGAUGAGCUCAUAACAUCUGAAAAUAAUAGUCCGUAUGUAUCAGUAGACUUAGACAAGGUAUCCCAAGGUAUGCAAAAUGAAACAAUAGAAAAUUUGCCAAUAGCAAAUUCUCCACCUAUCUCUUCUAAAGGAUACAACUUCAAUUUUGAUGACAUGGAAGAUCCGUUCUCUACGAAGACCAAUAUUCGAGUAUCACCUGCACCAGAAACACCAAUUCAAAGUGUAGAUAAUAAAACAGAUGAUAAAAAAAUUAUUGAACUAUUUAAAAAAAGCAAUCAGAAUAAACGUAAAUCGUAUUUAGACAGAAAAAGAUCUAAUUUGAAAAGAAAUAGUAAAGCAUUUUCGGAGUCAUCAAUGGAUCGUAUAUCUGAUAAUAUCACUGAUCAAAAAGAAAUGGAAUCAAUUUCUCAAAUACAUUCGUUAGAUGUAAAUAAAGUCACAAAAGAACUAAAUAAAAUUCCUAACACAGUUGAUGAUGAAUCAAAUCAAACUAUAAUUAGUGUGGAAACUGUCGUUAAAAUUGAAAUUCAAUCGGAAACCAAAAGCAACGAAGAAAAACCUAAAGACGAUGAAAUACUUGAAACGAAAAAUGAAUCUGCUGAACAAUGCUAUUCUGAUGGUUUGAAAUCUAGAAACGUUUUCAACUUACCCGAAAUUGAUGACAUGAAUUUUAACCCUUUCGUUACAAAAUCAAAGAUGUGUCAAUCGCCACUACCAGUGCAUGAUGAGAAUCCUUUUGCCACGAGAAGUAAAAUCCAAUCUUCUCCAGAUUCAUCAUUGAUGAUGCAGCAAGACAUUGCUGUGGAAAAUGUUGAAAUCGCAGAAUCUAAACUUGAUGGUACGCAUUUGAUAAUGGAAAAAGACUCUGUAGACAAAAUGGAAACAGAGGCAAUGGAAAAAGACACUUCAGUAAACAUAAGUGUUUCGACUUCAUCAAAAUCAAAUGAUGAUAGUGCUAUAACUACAGAAAUACAUACAGAAGAUGAAGACACCAUUGAAGGCCCCUUCCUUGAACUCGAAGACGAUAAUGAUGCCAAUGCUACUGUGGACCAUAAAAGAACAGACAUGAUGAACUUUAGUGACGCACCGGCAGCAGAGAAUGAUGAAAAUGCUGAAGGUGAAUUGUUCAUUGAUGCGGAAGCCUUUGAGUUCCUCCUCAAUCAAAACAAGACGAAUGUUGUAGCCGAUAGUGGCAAAGAAAGCCUUUUCUUAAAGUUUGAUCCUCUGUUCGCUAAACGGAUGUCUACAGAAAGUAUGGCGGCUGCUCUGCAGAAAAUACAACAGAGGCAAAGCACUCCUACUAAAAAUAUAAACACACAAGAAAACUUUACUAAUGAUGCAGGACCUUCUACCCUCAAUGUUACCUUUGAAACGGACUACCAUAGCAUCACGGGCGACGACCUAAACGUGACUGUUACCAAACCAAUGAUGGUAGUAACUCCGGCUGUGAACCCCGCGCCUACAAGAAAGUCCACAACCCCUACCAGAUCGAACAGACGUUCUAUUACAUUCACGUCUCCCGCCAUGGCCGUUAUUGAUAGACUUCUCUCUCUUAGUGGCAAUAAUACUGUCCUCGAACCGGAGCCGACUCAGUUCAGUCCAGAACAAUACGAAGCGGACUUAGCACUGACCCAACUUCGCGAAAUUUUAGCAGAAAAAGAGACGCACGUUUACAAUUUAAGAUCGGAGAGCAAAGAGCUUAAAGAGAGAUUGACGAAUCUAGAAUCCCAAAUGAAAGUUCUAGAAACAGAAGGACAGCAACGGUUGCAAAAGAUAAACGAUUUGAACGAAAAACUCGCCGAAAAGACUAAAAUUAAUAAGAGCAUGGCGGCGGUCGUUGAAGAAUAUGAAAGAACGAUUGCGAGCCUGAUAGCGGAUACGGAACAAGACAAGAAACGACACGCAGAAGAACGCAUAGCUUUGAUUAACGAGAGGGAUGAGCAGACUGCUCACCUGGCCAGCAUGGAGGUCUCAUUCAACGAUCUACACAGCAAAUACGAAAAAAGUAAACAAGUUAUAUUAAGUUAUAAAGCGAACGAAGAAAAAUACAAGAACUCACUGAAAGAAAUGGAAGAAAACGUCACGAAAAUGCAUAAAAAUUAUGAAUUGCUAAAACAGCAUGCGACCUCGAAACUAAAUCACGCCAACGACGAAUUGCAGAGGCUGAACAGAUCUCACGAGGCGGAGGUGGUCAAACUAAACGCUAUGAUCAAACGCAAGGAGCUUCAUAUAACGUCGCUGGAGGAGACCUUAGCUCAGAAAACUAAGGCGAACGAGGAACUGACCGCGAUAUGCGACGAACUCAUAAACAAAGUCGGCUGAACUAAUUUUAGACGAACAUAAAAACAUAUUGUUGUUUUUUUAUUGCAUGUCUGUGAUUCGAGCUCUUGUUUCGGUCGCUUGUGGGCUUAUCGUUUGUGAUAAGUCGCAUUAAGUUUACGUUUACCCUUCGCCAAGUUUCGUGCCAAAAUAUUACGUAACUCGCGGUUCUCGUGUAGCGCCAAGACUGUCUAGUGUGAUACGAAAUUACAAUUGAUUUUUGAUAUAAUUUUUUUUCCAUAAAACACUGUGAUCUUGUCAACAAUUAUGUGCCUUUUAGAGUGUAAAACAUUCAAUAUUUCUAAACGAAAAAUGCACUGUUUGUAUUAUGCUGGACAUAACUAAACAGUGUUUUAAAAAAAAAAGAUGAUGAAGUGAAUAGUCUGAAUUACUUGUGAAUUGAAACUUUAAAUCUCGUAAAAUUUUACAUUGUUAAAUAAUUAUGUAGAAUCUUAUUGGAUAUAUUUGUACCUAUAGAGAAUAGAAAAAUAUGUAAAAUAAAUAUAUAGAUAUCCUUAAAAGUUGUUAUUAACAGAGAUUACUUAUUUUAUGUAUCUCUAAAAACAAUGAAAACGAUAGUAAUUGGAGCUUUAAAAAUGCGUAGCCAUGUUUUUGGAAAUGAACAACGAAUUGUCGAUAUCUGUCUCAUUAUAAUAACUCACGUUAAGAUUAGUGUAAGAUUGUAAUUAAUAAAUUUACAUUUUUAGUCUCGCAAAAUUGUUCUAAUUCAUUUUAAAUUUAUCCCUAACCACCCAUGAACUUGCAUUACUAUAAACCAGUAAGGAUUAAGGAUUCCUUGCAAGUUUCAUCAUUCUUGCGCAUGUCCAAUCAUUUUGUAAUCUGUACUCGAUGUAAUGUCGCUAAAAAUAUUAAAAUGCGUACAGAAAAGUAAGUCAGAUAAAAACGCUGUAAGAUUGUGUUAAACAAAUUUAACUUUAGAUUAAUGUUAGUACAUAGUUUUAUAAUUGUUGUAAAUUAGUAACACUGUUUUCUUUCCUAAGCACGAGUUGGCACGGUUUGUAUGUGCCAAUUAUUUUUGUAUGAUAUUGAAAUUUGACAUUAUUUUUAGUUGAAUAAAGUUAUUGACCUAUUUGUG